AAAGUGAUGGCUGCAGGUCGCUGAGGUCCCACCCCAGCCACGUGCGGCUUCUAUGAUGACAGGUGUCUAGUCAACUAUGUGACUGUUCUUCAGUUACUAGCUCUUGAGUCCUCGCCAACUUCCCCCUGGAAAUACAACAGGAAAGAUCGAUGUUUACAAGGUACCAGUAGAUGGCACCAUAGGACUCUUGCAGAAUUUGCUACUGGUUCUGCUGUAAAGAGUAACAUCUUUAAGGAAAUACGACGGGAAAUCUUCAGUGAAAAGACUGUUUCUAGGUGGAACUCUCACCCACAUUGCGCGGCUUCUAUUUGCUUCACAGGCCGCGCCCAGUCCCCCUCUUUCCAGCAGGUACUCUGCGCUCUCUGGAGUUUUCUCACGUGGUGAGAACCCUGGCGGGUCGGAGGGAGCGACGGGACGCUGCCUGCGACGAGGACCAUGAAGAGCGACCAGACCUGUGGGGCUGAUAGUGGGAGCCGCCGCGGCACCUGCUGAGACAAGAGGGAGCGGCCCGGUGAGGCUCGCGCUGGCCUCGCCAUGUCGCUGCUCUGCGUGCGUGUUAAAAGAGCCAAAUUCCAGGGUUCACCAGAUAAAUUUAACACAUAUGUGACCCUGAAAGUACAGAAUGUAAAGAGCACAACUGUUGCAGUUCGUGGUGACCAGCCUUCCUGGGAACAAGAUUUCAUGUUUGAGAUAAGUCGUCUGGACUUGGGUCUAAGUGUGGAGGUGUGGAACAAAGGGCUGAUUUGGGACACCAUGGUGGGGACCGUGUGGAUCGCACUGAAGACUAUUCGUCAGUCGGAUGAGGAAGGACCCGGGGAGUGGUCUACCUUGGAGGCAGAAACAUUAAUGAAAGAUGAUGAGAUUUGUGGAACUAAAAACCCAACUCCUCAUAAAAUUUUGCUUGAUACAAGAUUUGAGUUGCCAUUUGAUAUCCCAGAGGAGGAAGCCCGAUAUUGGACUUACAAAUUGGAGCAAAUCAAUGCCUUGGGAGCUGAUAAUGAGUAUUCUAUGCAAGAUGAAAGCCAGAGGAAGCCAUUAUCCACUGCUGCCGCCCAGUGUUCUUUUGAAGACCCUGAUAGUGCGGUCGAUGACCGAGACAGUGACUAUCGCAGUGAGACCAGCAAUAGCGUCCCACCUCCUUAUCAUACGACUUUCCAGCCCAAUGCUUCUGUACACCAGUUUCCUGUGCCAGUGCGAUUGCCACAGCAGCUGCUACUUCAGGGCAGUUCCCGGGACUCUUGCAAUGACUCUAUGCAGAGUUAUGACCUUGAUUAUCCAGAGCGGCGGGCGCUCAGACAAGGCACACAGACUAGAAAUGACAAAAUUAGGAUUAUUUCAGCUUAUUCUGAUGUUGAUUAUGAAGAGCAAGAAGAUAUAUAUGAGGAGAUAGAGGAAAAAAUAUCACAAGACUUUCUAGAAAAUAACAACAUUAACUUUAAGGAAGCAGAGAUGAAAGAAAGUAGAAUCCUUUCAAAAACUGAUAAACAAGAACAACCAAAAUACAACUGGGAAAAGAAACCAUCUUGGAACCAACAAACAGAAUUCUCUUCUGCAAUUCAUUUUGAUCAUGAGUUUGAAACAUCUGUACUCUCCAGCUAUCAUCAGAAAUAUGAUAUAAUAGACAGAAGCAAAAAGAAACCCUUAUAUGGUCAUUUUGAACAUAGCGAAAGAAGACAAUAUGAUGAUAAAUCUAGCAAUAAGACUAACUGCAAAGGUAUCUAUCUUGAUACUGAAAAUUAUAAUUGCCACAUUGAAAAGAAGAAACAAAAUUAUCCAUCUUUGCACCCCUAUAAAAGUGGAUUUGUGGUUAAGAGUGGCAUGUGGACCACUAAGUUAGAAGGUCAUUAUGAUCUACCCUAUUAUUUAAUGAACUGUGAAAAGUCAUCCAGUCUAAACCAGCAUGUUCCUAAUUUUACUCCUUUAGAUACUCUUGAAGAUUCUACUAGUAGUACUUCUGAAGAACUCAUGGAUUCUCCCAUUUCUGAAGAGCAGGAACGUUUACUAUCACCAAUGUGGCAUCCAUCCAGGGUCCAUCAUGUUGGAGAAUUUGCUGAUAAAUAUUAUGUGUCAGACCCAGCAUUGCCAUUACAAAGGAUGAAUUGUAAUAUAAACACAGUUGGAGAUCUUUCUGGGUGUUCCAUGGGAGAGAUCAUCCCUUCCUCUACUGUGGAGCCCAAGGAGGACUAUUCUGAUGCAAUGGAUGAACUUCAUUGUUUGGUAGAAACAGUGUCAGAAUAUUUAGCAGAGAAGGAAGAGGAGAUUAAUAGAUUUGGUUCUGUUUCAACAGCUAAAAAAACACACAAACAUAAAAGUACUGUUGAACCCAAUAAUGCAGAACAGAAAAUGCCUGAGGGUCAAAUACUGCCUUUAUCUAUUUGCAAGGAUGUCAAGGCCACAUCUUUCCCUGAACUUAAUGGAGUAAAAUGUGCUAUUGGUUCUUUAUUCACUUCACUCACAGAGAAAGUGGGUUCAGGCACAAAGAACCUCACAACCUCUGUGGAAAAAUUGGUUUAUGUAGUUCCAGAGAAAACAGAACCUUUCAAUCAAGCAGUGACAAUUAAUCUCGGAUCUAGACCCAGUGCCAACUCAGUAUUAGGAAAAGAUUUUUCUCUACAAUUUUCAUUAUCCUCUCAAGCAGUUGAUGGUACAGACAUUAGGAGACAAGGCAGAACUCUUGACAGUGAGCACAUGGAUAAUAAGAUUGGCAGUUUAAGCUUUCAGGAUGCAACAGAAACAACUGGAAGGAACUCAGCUCCACAGAGUCAGAGUUCAGUUAUAAAGUCUGUUUUUAGCAUGCUGAAACCCCUAAAGAUCUUUUCAGAAAAAGAAGAAACCAGAAAAGAUGACCAGAUCAAGACACCAAGGAGGGAAAGCUUUGUUGAGUGUGGUUCAGAGUCAAAUCAAAGGGAGGGCAACCUUGACAAUCACAGUAGUAUUAUUGCUGCUUUAAAUAAGAGUGAUGGAGGAACUACAGGAAAGUUUCAAAUGUCAGUAAGUGAUUUGUUCUCUGAAAAGGCAAAUGGACCUCCAAAGCUAGCUAAUUAUACAAAUAAGAAAGAUGAUAUUGAGAGUCUGUUGAAAGAAAAAUCCUGUGAAGAUGAAGGUCUGUCUCUGUCACCAGAUCAACCAAAAAUUUGUGCCAAAGAUACUUCAAGACAUCUUUGUAUAUCUGGCAGUAGAACUGCAAACAAAGAGGCUUCCUCAAAGCCUGUAGAGGACAACAGAAUUACUGGUGGUGAUGAUUUCCUUGAGCCUCUUAGGAAAUCAUUCAGCCAGUUUUUGUUCACUUCUUCUAGUGAGACAUGUUCAAAAGACACUUUGUCAGAAUUUGUAAAAAUUGAUCAGGUGGAGGAAGAUGGAUGGGAAAGGGAUUAUAAGAAAGAUGGACACUCCUUUGAAUUUAGUGGAAAACUACAUAUUCCAUUUUUGAGAGUUCUUAGUCAUUCUGAAAAGCAGCAGGAUUUAAGAGAAAAAGGAAGCAUUUUUCCUUUGUUUAAAUUUCCUUUCACUGAUAGUUGUAGCAUUGUUAAUGACUGGUGUUUUCAUGGGUCAGCAGCAACCACUGAUCACCAUAAAGAUGCCAAACUUAAUUCAAUAAAAUCUAGUUCAGUUCCAAAUAUUCAUAAUGAUCUGGGGAAAUCUAGUAGCAUAGAGGAAUUUAAUAAGAAUGACCAAAUAAGUCAGCCCAAAACCAUCAAACUUAGUUCAAUAAAAUCUAGUUCACUUCCAAAUAUUCAUAAGGAUCUAAGGAAAUCUGGCAGUACAGAGGAAUUUAAUAAGAAUGACCAAAUAAAUUGUACCGAUAGUGCCAAACUUAAUGCAGUAAAAUGUGAUUCAACCCUAGAUGUUAAUAAUGAUUUGGGGAAACUAGAGAAUAUAAGGAAAUUAAAUACAAGUGACCACACAGCAGUAGAAAAUUGUGAAAGAGAUACCUUAGCUGUCUCUGGAGUUUUGACUAAAGAACAUGCAACUUCAGAUCUUUCAAGAGAAGAUAAAAAUCUUACACAAAUGACAUUUUCAACAGACUCUUUUUUAGAGUUUUUUUCUACCAUUUCAAAACCCACUUUGGUUAAUGAUAUUAAUGAAGCCAAAGUUGUAGAUAAAACUUUGACAAAAGGGACCCAAGGAAGCCUCCUUUCUGGUCUGUUCAACAGGUUUUCUUCUGAAAACUUGUUUAAUAGACAAGAAUUAAAUUUGAAAAAUGAUGAGUCCCAUCACAUAAAUAGUACCCCAAGAUUAUUACUCUCUGUAAUAUCUAACUCAGUAUCAAAUAACAGUAUGAAUGACUGUAAACUAGAUGAAGCAAAAUUUAUUUCUUUAGGUGACAUAAAAAGUAUGAAUGGAAAUAAGCAUUUAUCUUUGUAUGACAUCCCUGCUACUUCAUUUGUGAUUUCUGAGAACCAGAGGUACCAGGUUGAAAAACAAACUUAUAGCCCCAUAUCAUUAUCUGAAGAAAACAUACCACCAUCUCACGCUUGGGUUGAUAAUCAUUGCUGCCUUCCUACUUGGAAAAACCAGGAAAGUGAAAAGUAUUGCCCCUCUUCUGAGAAUGUAGUACUUCACUAUGCUCCCAGUGCUGAACAGGGCCUCUUUGAGAAAUCUUUGGCUAAGAGGUCAAUGCCAAACCAGAUUUUUGAGGCAAAACUACAUGAAAGUUUAAGCACAUCAAAUUCACCUGUAGUAAAUACUAACAUUUAUAAUAAACCAAACCACUGUCAGACAUUUGAAGAGAUGAACAGUCCUUUCUGUUCUGAAUGGGACACUGACAUAAAUGAUCUCUCUAAAAACUCCAGAAAAUUUCAGCCAGUUUAUUAUUUGUUAAGUCAAAAUACAUUUCCUUCCAUGGAUUGUUUCUUGUGGCCUGACUCAGAAAACACAGGAAUAUAUUUUUGCCAAAAAGAUCAAAAUGGAACUAUUAUGGAUUGGAGGAUAAAUCCAAGCAGUGUCAUUUGGUGUGACUUACCAUAUGAAUCAUCCAACCAGUUAGUAUUUAAUGAAGAUUACUUAUUAAGAGGUGAUGUGUGGGCAGCUAACCCAUUAUAUGGAAGUUCUGUUUAUCUUCCAGUUAAUGAUACUAAGAAUUCAGUAGAAGAAUUGCCUAUUGACCUGAGUUAUUCUUCAAAUUAUGAGAAAACUACAUGUUCCACAGUUUAUCAAGACUCAUUAAAAGUGGAUGAAAACUUUAGUUUUUCAAAUUUUGGUUAUGAAUGCCAGGAAUGGUUAUCAUGUCUUGAAAGUGGAAUCUGGUGGCCCUCAGAAGAUGGAUAUUAUGGAUUUUAUGUGUUCCAUGAUAGUCAGUAUAUUUAUUCUCUCCUUACUGAUUCUACUGGGCAAUAUGCAUAUGUAUUUAUACCUGAUUAUUCUUAUCAAGGGUAUUUGAAUUAUGAUUUACAGACAAAUGACCUGUCAAGUAUUAUGUUGGAUGACAGCUUUAUUUCUUCCCCUAAAUUACUUGAUAAAGAAGAUGAAUUAUUGUGGUAUGUUGAAGAAUCAAUUGAUGACCCUCUUGAUUUAUCUGUCGUCUUACCAAGAAAUGAAGGACCAUUUAAUCUAAAUUUAGACAGUUUUUCACAGAUAUUUGAAGAGUCAGGUUUUGGCCAAAGGGAUCAACCAUUAGAUUUUUCAGGGUAUAAUCCUCAUAAGUCUAAAGGAGAUUUUAGAUCUUUCAAAGAAAGGCCUUGUAGUUUUGAAGACCUUGAAUAUAUACUGGAUCUCAGGAAGCAGCCCCAAACAAUUGGUGAUCAUGUUUUAAAUAGAGAUAAAAUUAUAGAGAGAGAUAAGAACCAGCCUCUAGCUAAAGAUUCAUCAAUUCACCUUUCCAGUUUUCAUUGGCUUCAGUCAUCUGAAGAAGUUGCCUCCUUGGUUCAUCCUGAAGAUAUGACUAAAGGCUCACAGCAGGCAGAAGAAACAUCAUCAGUAAACAAAGUGGGUGCCUUGGUUGGAAGUACUUUGAAUUUUGGUAAAAGUGAAUCUUUGGAAACUUUGGUCAUACAAAAAAUAGAUCAACAGUCAAAAUUAGCAAAGUUUGCAAAUGAUGGUCUUGAAGCAUUAAUUUUGAAUAAGCAAUUACAGAAUAAUUCCCAAAAGGAGGAAGAAAGUUAUCUUAAGGAUUCAGAGAGAGAGACAGUGUCCAGCAUUAAGCAACCAGAGUUUACUAAAAAUAUGAGGCAAAGAUUCCCCUUACAUAGAAAUAUUCACAUGAAAAAAAAAAGUUUGUCAAAAUCUGGUUAUCAGGUAAGCCAAACAACUCAAACUAAAUCAAGUGUAGAAGAUGAUAAAAUCAUUAUAGCUGACUCUGUUUCAGUUUCUCUUGUACCACAGUUUAGUAGGGAUGAGCAUAAAAAUUGUGAAUUUCCUCAGGACCAGUCUUCCAAAGAGCCCGAGAGAACAUUAUUUAAAAGUGUAUUGAAAUUCUUUGGUCAUGGACAAGAAUCUUCAGUAAGUAUGAUGACAAAUGAAAAACAGUCAUCUGGAUUUUUCAACCUCUUUAAAACACAAAUGAAUAAAGAAGAGUCAUCAAAUUUGGAAAAGAAUAGUGAUAAAAAUGAGAAAACAUCACCUCAAGAAAAGAAAGAAUCUUCUGGUGCUUCAAAUUUUUCUGGUACUCUUGCAGAUUUCUUUAAAACCAAUAUAUCUCCCAUACAGACCACUGAAAAUAUGUCUGUUUCUUCAGUGACUGAUAAGGAUGAGGUCAAUUCAACUCCUAAUCCUGUGGAGCUAAUGAGUCAGAGAAUUGGGAACUUUCCUCCUAAACCAAUUUCCUCUAAAGGAAAGGUUAGGGUUAGUAGCUUGAACAAACAGACUGCUAUUGAUGACAGUGGGGUGAGGGAACCAUCACCUAUGGAGAUCCAGAGUGAUGAUUUGAAUGAAAAAGAGGAACCUUUCAUGGACAACCUAAUACGACAGUCAGCAGAUCUUAUUUUCUCAACAAGUCUCAAAGAGUCUCCCAGAGAUUCUUCAAAAGAAAAUAGUGGCAAGUCUACAGUGAUAGAAGAUCUAAAGAGUAACAAAACAUCUUUUGAUAUUCUGAACAAAAGACAAAAUGAACAAGAUCAUUUUCCUAAUAAAGACCAGAGUUUUUCAAUUGCUUCAACAUCUUCAUCUCAACCAGAGCUACCAAACAGAAAGAGUAUAUUUUCUUUGACUAGAUCUGAAAAUUCUGAGAACAGAGUCUCUGCCACUUUACCCAGAACCAAAUCUCAAGCAGAUGGGCUCUUCACACUUCCUUUUUUUUCCCCCAGUACUCACUCAGGCAUCAAGAAGGAUACUUCUCAUAGUAGCUGUACUUUUAGUUUCUUCAGCUUGGCCUUUUUGGAUGAAAAACAGCAGACUUCUGGGGGGAAACAAAGCAUUUCAACUGUUGCUCCAGUGACUUCUCAGCCCUGUGAGAAGCCAAGUGUUUUUGUAGACACCAGUGACACAAUGACCAGGGAAGGUUCUAGUGGUCAUAGAAACAGUACAGCUCAGGAAGUAGUUCAUGAACAGCCAAUGCUCCCUUGUGUUUCCACUAACAACACCACUGAGGUUACCUACCUUGCAGAUGAGUUCAGUGUAGAGAAAAUUCAAGGAAAAGUGACUUCCAGUACUGAACCAGGGGCAUAUUUAGUUUUCCAGAGAAAUCAGUUACAAAAAGAUAUUGUUCCUCCUUCAUCAGAAUUUCAGGAGCACACUGAAACAUUCCUCAUUGACCCAGAGAAUCUUGGGGUAGCUCCCCCUAAAGAAGAGGCUUUCAACCAGAAAGCCUUUUCUAGUGAUUUAUUGGCCAACUGUUUUUCUCUUGAUAAUCAUUUGAAUAAAGACCUCAAUGACUUAGAUGCGUAUACUAAACACCAAAAUGAAAGAUUUACUACUGACUUAUUGAACUUGCCAUUAGAAGAGGCUCCUGAUAAGAUUUCCCCAAGAAUUCUGGAGUCAGCUGCUGCUUCUCCAGACCCAGGCUGUGAAGGACCCCUCCAGAACCAAGAUGCAGGCAGAAAGGAAGACAAAACAGUUCUAGGCUCCAAAGUAGAAAUGUUUUCAGGAUUUGUGACCAAAGUAAAAUCUUUCUCUGAAUUUCUAACUGAACCUCCUAAAACUUUCUCUGGACUUUUCUCCUCUCCAAAAUCUCCAAAGAACUCCUUUUUCUCUCUUUCUUCUGAGGCAUCACCUCAACCUCUCAAAGGUGAGUUGUUUCAAAUUUUUCGAAGUCCCAAGCCAGAGACAUAUAAACAUGAACCAUUUGUAGCUACUUCAUGCCUUCAAAAUAGUUGUUCCAGAGAUUCUGUAGGAUUGGUACCUCCAGAAAGUUUGUAUAGAGAAGCUGCCUCUUCAAGACUCAUUUCAAACUCUCCUGUCAGUGGUUAUAGAAUGAAUGUAAUUAGUGUAAUAACAUCAAAAUCAGAUGAUCACAAACUGAUGAUAGAAAUUGAAAAAAAUAAUAUUCCUGAAAAUAUUCCAGGACCCCAAGAUUUUGACACAGUUGCUACCUCUUCUAUCUCUGAAGAUGAUAUGAAGCAAGGAGUAUUGUCUCUGAGUGAUGAAGGAGACAUGGGACUGUUGCAGGGUACAGACACAAAGGCAUCAUUUGCAGGAGAACAUAGUCUCCUGCCAACACAGUUGCAUCUAUGUUAUACCGGGAUUGCUAAAGAGCUUCUUCCUCCACUUCAUUCACCUCCUCCUCUUGAUCCAGAGUCAGCUAUUCAAACUGCCUCCAUAAAUGAAGACUUCUUGGAACUGCAUGUAACCAGUUCACUAGAAACCCACACCACACUGUUUAAUGAGGCAAGUUUCAAAAAGAGUGCCACAACAGAAAGCCAAGGGUACAGUGCCCAUCCUUUGCCAGAGAGACCUGUUCUUUGUGCCAGCAAAAGUUGUGGGACACUUCAUGCUGAGAAAGAUUCACCUGCAAUCCCUCAGGAGACAGAGCAGCCAAGACCUCAUUUUGAGAUUCCAAACAUGACCAGUUGCCCAAAGCUACACUUCUCAUCCUCUACUACUGACUGUGGGAAGACAUUGAGCUCUUUCUUUUCCUCACCUCACUCUUCUGAUAACAAAGCAUUAGGAACUAGUUUAAUGUCUAGUUUUAAAAAGUUAUCAACUCUAUUUGAGGGAGGUAGUGAAGGGAGAGGGAGUAGACUAGAAAAUGAUCCAAAGGUAGGAUUUGGAAAGAUACUAGAUCUUUCCUUUCCAUGGCCAAAAGAGAACAAAGGGAGCCCUGAACAAAUGCCUGCAGAAUCUUCCCCUCUAGUUCUGGUUAUCAGCAAAAAGGAGGGCCUGAACUCCAGUGAGGCUAACAAAGCUUUGAAGUCUUCUCAAAUAUUUGGGGCCAGUGUAGAGCCAGCUGAGGUCAGUACUCAUGAACAGCCUUCUGUGACCUCUGAGCAGCUGGAGGCUAGGCCAAGUAUCUGUAUUCAUGGGCUUUCAGAGCCUGGAGAAAUGGAAAACCAGCUGGAAAUCUCAGCAUCUGGAGAACAUCGGGGUACAGGAGGCAACCUCUCUGGUUCCACUUGUCCAUCAGGAAAACCUGAAGAGGAGCACAGCACUGUCUCUGAAUUAUUUCACCAGCCAGAAAAACAUGUAGAGGAGGUGUUGUCAGCGAACACCAACUCUGUUUCACAUGCACAGCAGCCAGUCAAUCUGAGUGACAUCAAGGACCCAGUGACCAGCAAAAGCCCCACCAGCAGUAGUAGGUAUGGCUCCUCCUGUAAUGUGAGUCAAGGAAGCUCUCAGCUGAGUGAACUAGACCAGUAUCAUGAGCAAGAUGAUGACCGUCGUGAGCAGGACUCAAUUCAUUCCUGCCACAGCUCUGGCAGCCUCUCCAGAGAUGGCCAGGCCAGAUUUGGAGAACAAGAGAGAGCCUUGGAGGUGAGAAGUGAAGCAGAGAAGGGGAGAACAUGUGGACCCAAGGAGACUACGGAAGAUGUCAUAGCCCAUCCUCCCCCAGAUCUGGUGCUACACAAAGACCCUGUCGUAGGCCCCCAGGAGAGUCUUCCUGAGGAGAAUGCAUCUUCACCAUUUACUCAUGCCAGAGCACACUGGAUCCGAGCAGUUACCAAGGUUCGACUCCAGCUGCAGGAGAUUCCAGAUGAUGGCAACCCCUCUCUGCCUCAGUGGCUCCCAGAAGGGCCAGCUGGAGGGCUCUAUGGCAUUGACAGCAUGCCAGAUCUACGAAGAAAGAAGCCAUUGCCACUUGUCAGUGAUCUGUCACUGGUCCAGUCCCGGAAGGCAGGGAUUACUUCUGCAAUGGCUACACGUACUUCUCUCAAGGAUGAAGAGCUGAAAUCUCAUGUGUAUAAGAAAACCCUUCAGGCCUUAAUCUACCCCAUCUCAUGUACCACACCCCACAACUUUGAAGUCUGGACAGCUACUACCCCAACCUACUGCUACGAGUGUGAAGGGUUGCUGUGGGGCAUUGCCCGGCAGGGCAUGCGCUGCAGUGAGUGUGGAGUCAAGUGCCAUGACAAGUGCCAGGACCUGCUCAACGCCGACUGUCUGCAGCGAGCUGCAGAAAAGAGUUGUAAACAUGGAGCUGAAGACCGGACACAGAACAUUAUCAUGGCUAUGAAGGACCGCAUGAAAAUCCGAGAGCGAAAUAAACCAGAGAUCUUUGAAGUUAUCAGGGAUGUCUUCACAGUGAGCAAAGUUGCCCAUGUGCAGCAGAUGAAAACAGUGAAGCAGAGUGUACUGGAUGGCACCUCUAAAUGGUCAGCCAAGAUUACCAUCACUGUGGUGUGCGCCCAGGGCCUGCAAGCCAAGGACAAAACAGGAUCCAGUGACCCGUAUGUGACUGUGCAAGUUGGAAAAACCAAGAAGCGUACCAAGACCAUUUUUGGAAACUUAAAUCCUGUUUGGGAGGAGAAGUUCCAUUUUGAGUGCCACAACUCCUCUGACCGCAUUAAGGUACGUGUGUGGGAUGAGGAUGAUGACAUCAAAUCAAGAGUAAAGCAGCGACUGAAGCGAGAGUCUGAUGAUUUCCUUGGCCAAACCAUCAUUGAGGUUCGGACACUGAGUGGCGAGAUGGAUGUCUGGUACAACCUGGAGAAGAGGACAGACAAGUCAGCCGUUUCAGGGGCUAUCCGACUACAGAUUAGUGUGGAGAUCAAGGGGGAGGAGAAGGUGGCCCCAUACCACGUGCAGUAUACAUGCCUGCAUGAGAACCUUUUCCAUUACCUCACAGACAUUCAGGGCAGUGGAGGAGUCCAGAUCCCUGAGGCUCGAGGAGAUGAUGCAUGGAAGGUGUACUUUGAUGAGACAGCCCAAGAAAUUGUGGAUGAAUUUGCCAUGCGCUAUGGCAUUGAGUCCAUAUAUCAGGCCAUGACGCACUUUGCAUGUCUGUCAUCCAAGUAUAUGUGUCCUGGUGUGCCAGCAGUGAUGAGCACCUUACUGGCCAACAUCAAUGCUUACUAUGCUCACACAACCGCCUCCACUAAUGUCUCUGCAUCUGAUCGCUUUGCAGCCUCCAACUUUGGGAAAGAGAGAUUUGUAAAACUGCUGGACCAGCUACACAACUCACUGAGAAUCGAUCUCUCUACAUACAGGAAUAACUUCCCUGCCGGGAGCCCUGAGCGGCUUCAAGAUUUAAAAUCCACAGUGGAUUUGCUGACCAGCAUUACUUUCUUCAGAAUGAAGGUGCAAGAAUUGCAGAGUCCACCAAGAGCCAGCCAGGUGGUAAAGGAUUGUGUGAAGGCCUGUUUGAACUCUACAUAUGAAUAUAUCUUCAACAACUGCCAUGACUUAUACAGCCGCCAGUACCAGCUGAAGCAGGAGCUGCCUCCAGAAGAACAAGGGCCCAGCAUUCGGGACCUGGAUUUCUGGCCCAAGCUCAUUACACUCAUUGUAUCAAUCAUAGAGGAAGAUAAGAAUUCCUAUACCCCUGUGCUGAACCAGUUUCCUCAGGAGUUGAAUGUGGGAAAAGUCAGUGCAGAAGUGAUGUGGCAUCUGUUUGCCCAAGACAUGAAAUAUGCAUUGGAGGAGCAUGAGAAAGACCGGCUGUGUAAGAGCGCUGACUACAUGAAUCUGCACUUCAAGGUGAAGUGGCUUCACAAUGAAUAUGUGCGUGAUCUGCCUGCCCUCCAUGAGCAGGUUCCCGACUACCCAGCGUGGUUUGAGCAGUUUGUGCUACAGUGGUUAGACGAAAAUGAGGAUGUUUCCCUGGAAUUCCUGCAUGGGGCCCUGGAACGAGAUAAAAAGGAUGGGUUUCAGCAGACAUCAGAGCAUGCUCUGUUUUCCUGCUCUGUGGUGGAUGUCUUCACACAGCUCAACCAGAGCUUUGAAAUCAUCCGGAAGCUGGAAUGCCCAGACCCCAGCAUCCUUGCCCACUACAUGAGAAGAUUUGCUAAGACCAUUGGGAAGGUGCUGAUGCAGUAUGCCGACAUCUUAUCAAAGAACUUCCCAGCUUAUUGCACAAAGGAGAAACUGCCCUGCAUCCUGAUGAACAACAUGCAGCAACUGAGGGUCCAGCUGGAAAAGAUGUUUGAAGCCAUGGGAGGCAAGCAGCUGGACCCUGAAGCAGCAGACAGUCUGAAAGAGCUGCAGGUGAAACUGAAUGCAGUUCUGGAUGAGCUCAGCAUGGUGUUUGGAAACAGCUUCCAGGUGCGGAUUGAUGAAUGUGUUCGACAAAUGGCUGACAUCCUGGGCCAGAUUCGGGGCACAGGAAAUGCAUCCCCCAACACCAGGGCCUCAGUAGCUCAGGAUGCAGAUAGUGUGCUGCGGCCUCUCAUGGACUUCCUUGAUGGCAACCUCACACUCUUUGCCACUGUGUGUGAGAAGACAGUUCUGAAGCGAGUCCUAAAGGAGCUCUGGCGAGUGGUGAUGAACACGAUGGAAAGAAUGAUCGUUCUACCCCCGCUUACUGACCAGACAGGCACCCAACUGAUCUUCACUGCUGCCAAGGAGCUGAGCCAGCUUUCCAAACUCAAGGACCACAUGGUGCGAGAGGAAACACGGAAUCUCACUCCAAAGCAGUGUGCAGUCCUUGACCUUGCCCUGGACACCAUCAAGCAAUACUUCCAUGCAGGAGGCAAUGGGCUAAAGAAAGCCUUCCUAGAGAAGAGCCCAGAUCUGCAGUCCCUACGCUAUGCUCUAUCUCUGUACACACAGACCACAGACACUCUCAUCAAGACUUUUGUGCGCUCACAGACUGCCCAGGGGUCUGGUGUGGAUGAUCCUGUGGGAGAAGUCUCUAUUCAGGUGGACUUGUUUACACACCCUGGUACUGGGGAACACAAGGUAACAGUGAAAGUGGUGGCUGCCAAUGACCUCAAGUGGCAGACAGCAGGUAUGUUCCGGCCUUUUGUGGAAGUGACCAUGGUUGGCCCACACCAAAGCGAUAAGAAGAGGAAGUUCACUACUAAGUCCAAAAGCAACAACUGGGCUCCCAAGUACAAUGAGACAUUCCACUUCCUCCUAGGAAAUGAAGAAGGUCCAGAGACCUAUGAGUUGCAGAUAUGUGUGAAGGAUUACUGCUUUGCCCGGGAAGAUCGUGUGCUAGGGCUAGCAGUGAUGCCUCUAAGGGAUGUGGCUGCCAAGGGCAGCUGUGCCUGCUGGUGCCCCUUGGGCCGAAAGAUCCAAAUGGAUGAGACAGGCAUGACCAUUCUCCGGAUUCUGUCUCAGAGGAGCAAUGACGAGGUCGCCCGAGAGUUUGUGAAACUCAAAUCGGAGUCCCGUUCCACAGAGGAGGGGAGCUGAACAUCUUUGGUUCAUGUGCCAUCCAGUGGUACUGAUUGCACAAAUCAGAGCUAAUGGGAGUUAGCUGUGUAGCCAACUUAGGGUCUAUUUAGUCAAGAGGUUGACCCUUUCAGUUAAGGAUAUUUAAGGGAAAUUUGAAGGGUAGCUGAGAGUAUGGCUUUUUCCAAUAAGGGCCAUGAAUCCCUAACCAAUAGGUCUGGGCUGUAGGAGCUACCGCAUGGAGAGCAUUCCAAAAGGGAGAGGGAUAGACAUUUCAGACCAGCUGUUUGUGGUAGACAUACUUCCACACCCCUUACCAUCUCUCCCCUUCUUGAGACCACACCAUACCCAGUUAGACACACACCAACCACUAGGAAAACAAGUGUAGAAAGCCUGGAGCUUGUACCUGUCCAGCUAGAUAGUUGGUUGAGCCUAUGGGUAUUGUUGAACCUUGUGCUCCAUGUUAGAGAGUAGCCAAGGCAGAACCACAUAGAAUAGAAUUCACUGUCCCUUGAGCGGAAUCCACUUGUUUUGUGUGGCUCUACUGAGAACAAGUCUUUGAAACUGAACAAGCUACCUUCUAAAAUUGAGCUGUGCUAAUCCCUUCCCUCAGGUUCUAUCUGUCAUGAGUAAAAUCAGUUUCAUGUGGUGCUUCAGAGCUCUAAGCAGAAUAUUUCUUUGGAACCAAGGUAUGAAGGCCGCCUGCCUAGAAUCUCCCUACUUCAUCCCUGUAGGCAGGGAUGCUUAGGACAUUAAAGGUUAUUCUUACAUGUAUAGACCUGAGGGCUAGUAGAUGAAAGAUCCAGGAGUAUUUUCCUGGGCAGCCCCCUGAACAAAGCCAAAAAUUAUGGACUCAGUCUAGAGUCAUGCUCACCUAUGGCUACUACCUUCCAGCUGUCUUUGUGGAAAGAAUCUAGCCUUUGUCCUCUCUUCCUGUCAUCUGGGUCAGCUGCUGUUCCCUUCAUAGAUGUUCAGCCCUACAGAAGGAGCUUGGACUCUGAUCCCUCUGUAGCAGGCUGGAUGGAAGGGGUGAGGCUCAACACUCCCUGGGAGGUCAGUGACCAACUGGACUUCUCGGACCCUUGUUCAGAGCUGUGACAUGGUCCUUGGAUUUCCUUGAUGACAGCCUCCUAACCUUCCUGAAGAUGCGGCAUCGUUCACAGCUGCACUGGCCAAUAUAUGAAACAAGAACCAAGCAUCUUUGCUGUUUUUAAUUAUUGUAUGUGCCAUUGUAACAAGAGAUUGUAGGCUAGUAUGUAAUAAAUUAUCUUCUU